AUGUCUGAACUUAUUACCACCUAUCGUCCCACCAAAAUUCUCCUAGAACUUGACCCUGAUCUUCCUAAUUCAACCUAUCGAGGAAGAGUAAAAAUCGAUUAUGAGUUCACCGAUGAGACGUCGGAAAUCAAGAUUCAAGCUUCUCGCGAUUUUCAGUGGACCUCUGUGAGAUUGGCAACUUUUUAUGAACUCAACGAGGGGUAUCCAGUUUAUGCCAGUGUAGACAGUGAGGAUUACAAUCAUGACACUGAAUUGGAAAUCCUAACCAUCCCACUAGGAGCUUCUCUGAACCCGGAGAACACUCAAAAUGGGUUUUACAUUAAUCUGGAAUGGAACGGGCCCAUUGGUGGACCAGGAGCAUCUGAGGGGUUGUAUGCUGUGGACGAGAGUACAAUGGAGGCAAAUUUGAAAGAUGGGAAUGCGCAUAAGGUUUUCCCAUGUUAUGAAGGUGGAGUUUCAGCGAAGACCUGGUUAACAUUGAUUACUGACGAGCGGACUAGAGUGGAGACUAAUAUGGAUGACGCUGGGCAUGAAGAAUUCGAAGGAAAAGUCAAAAACAAUUUCAACAAAGCAGAAGACCUUACAAUCGAAGAUGUCUACAUCCGAAUCACCCCGAUAAUUGACAUGGAGUAA